AUGGCGCGUGAGGAAAUGGCGCCACUGGACCUCGGCAACUUGCCAUCGCGCAGGCCAGACCUCUUCUCGCAGUACAACCACGAAUUAUGCCGCAAGGUCGCGCCGCGCUUCAUGAUGCUGCAUGCGGAGGCUGCGCAUCCCCCAGUGAUCGUGCGCAGCGAGGGGGCCUCGGUGCUGAUACGCGAGCUGGAGAAGACGCACCUCAAAAACAAGGCUGCUGCGGGCCACAAACGCGCCCUGCAGUCGGCGGCGCAGAAGCGCAAACAGCCGAGGAGGCACAUGCAGCAGCAUGUAGAGCAGCAGCAAGGCGAUGAGCAGCAUGAGCAGUCGCAGCAGCUGCAGGAGCAGCCGCAGCAGCAGCGCCAGCAGUCGCAGCAGCCGCCACAGCAGCCGCAGCAGUCAUCGCAGCAGCAGCAGCAGCAGCAGCAGCAGCAGCAGCUGCAGCAGCAGCAGCAGCAGCAGAUGCAGCAGGCGGAAUUGCGACUGCAGCAGGUGCCCGGCUAUGCGGAUGACGCGCGUGUGCCAUGA